AAUUCAGUUUGGUUUCGCAUCUCGCCGGCGACGGACCGCAUUGCCAAGUAGCACCUCCAAAGUAUAUAGUAUUUGUUUUGACUGCGUAGAGCUCUCCGGGUGUAUCUCUUUACAAAGAUGACUGGCUCUCUGUGGCUCAGUUUGGCACUCAGUCUGGCGGUUUUGGCUCAAUUUAAAGUGAGUGCCGCUCCUAAUCUGGUUUGCUUCUAUGACUCGCAGGGCUUCCAGCGUCAGGGCCUGGCUCAGUUCUCGAUGACCGACAUGGAGCUGGCCCUGCAGUUUUGCACCCAUUUGGUCUACGGCUAUGCGGGUGUUAAUGCCGAUAACUAUGAAAUGCAGAGCAUUAACAAGCGAUUGGACCUCGAGCAGCGUCAUCUAGCCCAGGUCUCCAGUUUAAAGGAACGCUAUCCCCACAUCAAGUUCCUCUUGAGCGUUGGUGGAGAUGCCGAUACGAAUGAGGGUAACCAGUAUAUAAAGCUCCUGGAAUCCGGGCAGCAAGGCCACAGACGUUUCAUCGAGUCCGCUCGGGAUUUGGUGAGGCGUUAUAAUUUCGAUGGUCUGGACCUGGCUCUCCAACUGCCAAGAAAUAAGCCCCGGAAGGUUCACGGGGAUGUUGGCUCUGCCUGGAAGAGUUUCAAGAAGUUCUUCACCGGUGAUUUUAUUGUGGAUACUGAUUCGGAAACGCACAAAGGACAGGUGACUGCUCUGAUCAAGGAUUUGAGUGCCGCUCUGAAACAAAAUGAUCUGCUGCUUAGUCUCACCGUUUUGCCAAAUGUUAACUCAAGCUGGUACUACGAUGCCCCUUCGAUCGCUCCAAGCCUGGACUUCAUCAACCUGGGAACUUUCGACUUCCUGACUCCGCAGCGCAAUCCUGAGGAGGCGGACUUCUCGGCGCCAACAUACGAGGCAGUUGGCCAAAACCGUUUGGGCCACUACAAUCUGAACUUCCAAAUGGAGCACUGGCUACUGCAAAGAGUACCUGCUAAUAAGAUAAACAUUGGCAUUGCCACCUACGGCAGGACGUGGAAGAUGACCAAGGACUCGGGAGACUCUGGAAUGCCAGUGGUUCCCUCUACCCAGGGACCUGCUCCCGCCGGACCUCAGAGCAAAAAGGAGGGUCUGCUCAACUGGGCCGAGAUCUGCUCGCUGAUGCCGAACCCCGGUAAUACCAAUGCCAGAGGUCCCAGUGCUCCAGUGAAACGGGUUCUGGAUCCCACAAAACGUUAUGGCAGCUACGCAUUCCGUGCCGCCGAUGAAAAUGGAGAUCACGGACUUUGGAUCAGCUACGAUGAUCCGGACUCCGCAUCCAGCAAGGCCAUGUUCGCCAGGGUAAGGAAUCUCGGAGGAGUGGCUCUCUUUGAUCUGACCCAAGACGACUUCCGUGGUCAGUGCACCAACGAUCGCUUCCCCAUGCUGCGCGCCAUCAAGUACCGACUUCUCUAAGCCGCCUUCUUUAAGCCGACUUCUCUAGACCAGGCCAUAAAGACAUCUCCAGCACGCAAAUGUCAGAUGAAAAGUUGGGGGAGCGGAGCUGGGAGGGAACAAAUGUCACCCUUUCGGUGGCUAAAGGCCUCCUUCUGUGUCUGUCCCUUUUUGCAAAUUAAUUACAAAGUUGUAAACUAAAAUGCACCGCAAAUUAAUUCGAUGGGCUUGGUCCUGAAAUGGGAAGGGGAGUAAAGGAAAGAGUUAUGUACUGAGAGAAAAGAGGAGGAGCCAAAUGAAAAUGAACGAAAAAAUAUUUAAGAAUUAUGUUGUUAUCUCUGUUUUUAGUUAUGUUUGCCUCUCAAACUAUUCAUAAACUAUUUACGCAAACAAAAA